UGAGAGACAUUGGACAAAGGUUGGUUACGUUUAUUGCUGUUAGCUAUAUAAAAGGAUUGAUAGAUAGAAAUAUCAGUGCGCAAAAGUGUCUUCAGGAAAAUGAGACUGUUAAUUAUAUUCAUGGGGCUGUUACAUAUUUCUAUACAGAAAUCUACACCAGAGGAUAGCAGCUAUGUCGCUGCUGUGGUUGAGUUUCAAGUCAAUGCCAACACGGAUACCAAUAUUCAAAAUUAUGUUCAACUGAUAAAAGAUGCUGCUGCACAGAAUGCCGAUAUCAUAGUAUUUCCAGAAAUGACGUUGAAUAUAAGACAAAGUCAAAGCAUAUCUGUCCCAAUAUAUGGUUUGCUGAAGGAGUAUCCAAUUCCUGCUUUAAACGCAGAUUUAUACAAUGAUAUAUUAGUCACAAUAUCUUCAGCGGCCCGUGAAAAUGCGAUCUACGUAGUAAUAAAUAUACAGGAGGUAAUGAACUGUGAGGACGCUCCGGGUGAAGAGUGCCCCGAGAAGAAAACGUACUAUUUCAAUACAAAUGUAGUACUCAACAGAGAGGGAGCAGUUAUUGAUAGAUACCGCAAAAUUAAUCUGUUCGGAGAAUACACACGCACGCCAGCACUGAAGCCUGACUUAGGAGACUUUACAACGGACUUUGGCGUUCGAUUUGGUCACUUCAUCUGUUUCGAUCUGAUGUUCCAGAUCCCAGCUAUUCAGACGCCUCAAAAACUGAAUAUUACGAAUAUUAUAUUCCCAACUAUGUGGUUCUCAGAGAUGCCAUAUCUUACAGCGGUCGAAAUUCAACAGGGUUACGCUGCGCAGAUGAAUGUAAACUUCCUCGCAGCUGGUGCAAACAACGUUAGAAUCGGAAGCACGGGCUCAGGAAUCUACUCUGGCAAGGCAGGGGCCCUUAUAAGCCUCAUGGCAGGAGCUCCUACCACAAGGUUAAUGGUUGCGAGAGUUCCAAAAGUUCCUGGACAGGUAACAGACUCCUACCCUGGGCCGAUAUAUGAUGACCCAUCAAUACAUGACAAUCUCUUUCUUAAAAGCGAUCCAUCCUUAUCGGCUCACACAAGCCAGCUACUAGUACCAGGGUACCAAUCUUUCGUACUGUCAAGUGGGGAAACAAUGUGCAAUUUCAGAGUUAAUAUAACACAAACAAAUGAUACGAGUUUGAAGUAUCGUGCGUUUAUUCAUGAUGGAUUUAACAUAUACGGAGACAUUCGCCAUAUACGAGUUGCUUCAUGUUCUAUUCUUUCGUGUUCUUCUGAUAAUCCAAAAGACUGUCCGUACAGAUUUAAGAAAGAUGAGGAGAAAAUAGAAUUCAAAGAAUUAAGUAUAGAUAUUUUAUCACAUCCUCUUGAUUAUAACACAACGCUGAAAUGUGACGACGUAGAAUACUUCGGAUUGUCAUUAAGAGACAAUAAAUUCCCUCUUAACCCAGCCAAUUAUACAUUAACAAAACAUGAAGAUGAAAAAGCCAGUUAUUCAUUCAAAAUAAACGCGGCACAGAACAAUUUAGUAGCAUUUGCAAUAUGGGGUAGAAUUUAUAAUGAAGAUAAGGUUUUUCCCCACGAAAUAACUAAUAGUGAUGUCAAUAACUAUAUUAAUAUUGAAAAUAUUAUUUUUGGUUUGGACAAUGUUAAUGCAGAUUUGUAGGUUAUACAUACAACCCACAUAAUUUCACUACAGCUAUUUUUUUAAUUCUCUAUAACCAAGAUUUUGAAAAAAGGUAUAUCGAAAAUUACUUAUAAACUUGCCUCCUUUAUAAAAACUGGAACAGUCCUACUUUCACUGUUUUAACAAAGUGUCCAUAUGUUUCUUCCAAUUUGUCAUGUAAGUCAUGAAAACAGUAAAAAAAUUACAACCAUAAAAGUAGCAGUCACCUAGAAACUUUUUAGUUUUUUUAACCUUUCUAUAAAAUACUAGACAAAUGGAACAUAACUAAUAUUUUAAUAUCGCUGCAUCUAAAAGUGAUGACGCUGACGCUGCAUCUAAAAGUGAUGAUUACUGUUUAAAAUAGUAAACAUAACCUAGUUUUGUUUCGUGUGUACAAUUGUUAAUAGUCGGUGCAAACCAUGACAUUAUAUAUGUUACUGUGUAAUUUUUUUUAAGUUGUAGCAGAAAUGAAGAUUCUACAGCCAUAUCUAAGAUAGUAGCGUUGGCCUAGUGAAUUACGAGUGCAGCAUUCAACCCAGAAAUCGUUGUAAUCCUGACUAAUGAAGUUUUCUUUCUAUAUACUUAACUAACACUUGCUUGUACGUUGAAGGUAAUCGUGGUGAAAAUUGCCAUGGCUGAAACCUAUUAUACUUGCCAAUGAAGA